AUUGUGUCGGUAGUUUCUGUCAAUAGAAGAAACGCAUCUUGCAAAUUCUGACCAGCUUCGAGAGCGUUUUAAGAACUUUGACACUUAACACUGCAGAAACGCACCGGAUUUCCUACAUAGAGAUAACAAUUAUAAUUGUUUAAUUGAAUAAAAAAUAUGACUGGAGCAUCUUUAAAUCGUCUCAGUGCUUUGUCACAUACCCUUAAAAAACAAUUUACAUCUAAGCGUAUUUCUGUUGGAGUUAUCGGCUCUGGUAAUUGGGGUACUGCCAUCGCAAAAAUAUGUGGAGAAAAUGCUGAAGCUCAUCCUGAAUUGUUUCAUCCUCAAGUCCAUAUGUGGAUGUAUGAAGAAAACGUUGAGUAUCACGGUGAAAAUCGAAAACUUACCGAAGUAUUUAAUUCAACUCAUGAAAAUAUAAAGUAUUUGAAGGGUGUACAGUGUCCCUCAAAUGUUUAUGCGAACCCCGAUAUUCGCGACGUUGGAGCCAGAAGUGAUGUCCUUGUGUGGGUCCUUCCACAUCAAUUCGUUGUGCGAGUUUGCGAUCAACUGAAAGGACACUUGAAGAAGGAUGCUGUUGCUAUUUCUUGCAUUAAAGGUGUUUCAGUUAACUCAGACCGCGUUCGUCUUUUUUCAGACAUCAUUCAUGAACGCACCGGUAUGUACUGUGGUGUUCUAUCGGGUGCCAACAUUGCCAGUGAAGUAGCAAAGGAAAAGUUUUGUGAGACUACCAUCGGAUAUGAUCCUGACAAUUCGGUAAAUCCUUUAUAUACUCCCAACACCAUACGUUCCUUGUUUAAUCGUCCCUAUUUCCGUGUUCAAAUGGUCAAAGAUGUUCCAGGGGUGGCCUUGGGUGGUGCUUUGAAGAACAUAGUAGCCGUUGCUGCUGGUAUCAUAGAUGGACUUGAAUUGGGUGACAAUACAAAAUCAGCUAUUAUGAGAAUUGGUCUUUCAGAAAUGCAAAAGUUUGGAGCUAUGUUUUUUGAUUGUGAUCGUCUUACCAUGAGUGAAGAAUCUUGUGGUAUUGCCGAUUUGAUUACCACUUGCCUUGGUGGUCGUAACCGUAAAUGUGCUGUUGCAUUUGUCAAAACUGGAAAGCCCAUGCAUAUAUUGGAAAAAGAGCUUCUUAAUGGUCAGAAAUUGCAAGGUGCAGCUACUGCUAAAGAAGUUCACGAAUUUUUGGAGCAUCAAAAUAAGGUGGAUGAAUUUCCAUUAUUUAAAGCCGUGUAUGACAUCGUUUUCAAAAAUCUUCCUCCCAACAAACUUCUGGAGGCUAUUUAAUUACACAGAAUUUUUUUGAUAUUCGUAUAAUCUUUCUAGUUUCAUUUCACGCUAAGUCGAUGGUUAAACGAGUAGUAAGAAGUUUCGACUACAUUAGACUGAAAGAUAACAUAGAAUAAGAUUAUACGUGAAACUUUGGAAUUCACUUUAUUUGCUUUGAGAAAAUAUAUUGCGGAUUGUAAUUUGUUUAUUCCUACGUUUAUUAACUUACAGUAUUUACAACAAAUAAAUCAAUUAUAUCUUAUUUUUCAAAAUUCUCCAAAAAAACUGGACUCCUAAAGUGUUCAUAAUG